AGGAAAUUCGGCUGGAAGUAGUAGACGUGCCGUCGCUGGUUCUUCAUCUUCCGGGCGAAUGAAGACGGCAAGGCGUUCAGACGGAGCCGCGCGACGCAAGAAUUAGUUCUUACACGUCGGCCAGCGCGUAUUCACUACAAAGGAGCUGCUGUAGAAGUACUUACCGUCUCGACAGGCGCUAGCGGUACUGCAGCUCGGCGGGAGGAAUCAAUUAUCCGGUUCUUGGAAGAUCCAUCACACGACGGACCAUGACAUCUUCCAGUAGCUCUUCGAAAAAGCGGUUGAAGGACCUGCAAAUCGACUAUGAGGAGUACGCGAUCGUUGCAGUCUACGAGUCCGGCGGAGAGAUCAAGAAAAAGAAAAUGCGCCUGCCACGGGAUUUUGCCGAAGCAGAUAUAACCGACCUGGCGGCGGAGGUAGUGGAAAAAUGCAAAUACAUCCCCAGUUCGAAAGUCAACGAGGUGGAAAGACUACUGCACGAAAUGGCCCGAGAAACGACCGGAGGCGGUGGCGGACAGAGUGCUGGAGCUGUUUCAGGCGUUUACCCCGGCACUAUCAUUUGUAAAAACGUCCCCACACCAGAGUUGUGAUGCAGAUUUGCAAUGACAGGAACAUUUGUAAUGCGUAUCUCCAUGAGAGGCGUUUCUAGUCGUGUUUUGGCAUUUGUAAUGCUGUAACCAGGAUAAGCAGAUGGAUUUGUGAUGCGUGUGUCCUUGCUAAUCGGCACUACACUACGGACUGCUAUUUGUGAUGCGUGAGUCCCAAAACUUCUAGGUUUGUGUUGCAAAAUCCCCACCUUGACUAUGGGGUGGGGACGUUUUUACACAGGAUAGGCACCGGGCCGACAUCUUCUUCCACGGCAACGAAUCCAAACGCGGCGCGCCCGAGCAGCAGCCGUAGUCGCACCGCAGACCGAGGAGAUGUCAGGUCGAUGCUGCAGCAGAAGAACGCGCAAAUGCAGCAGCAGAACAUGAUGCCGUCGGGGCCAAUCCCACCCCCGCCGGUGCUUUCCGUGCUGGAAACCAUCCUGCCCCCGUAUUAUAGUGAAAAAUGCCCCCACCCCCAAAGUCGCAAAAACUUGUGAUGCGAAGUUUCCAAAUGAAAACUUUUUGUCAUGCAUGAAAGAAGUAUGAAAAUGAAUCUUUCUGAUGCAGAUUCGAGGCGUGUAUCGCAUCGCUUGCAUGACAAGCGCCACUCUUGCUGGCGUCUUUUGCAAUGCAAAUCUUUGCUAUUGUUCACGAUUGGAACAAAUCCGUGAUGCUGAUAGAUGCAAGAGGGCGAGUGUUUCAUUUGGAAAGGUUUGCAAUACAAAUGCUCCCAAGUUCGGGGGUGGGGGCAUUUUUCACCUUGAUACCCCGGCCAGUUGGGCGGAACUGGACGACUACUCGGACUUGCUCUACGAAGAACAACUGCCACUGAAGGUGAAGGGCGCGAAGUCCAUCCUCCGGGUGUGCUUGGAGCCACGAAAUUUGGAAUUGAUCUCGAACCACGAGUAGCAAUUGCAAAAGUGUCUGGGUUUGAAGGACGCAAGUUUGUCAUGCUUGUCUGGCAUGACUCGAGAAUCUGUGUUGCAUAGGCACGAAAGAGCCCUCUUAACUGUCAUGCGAAAAGGCAGUUUGCCAUGCGGAAUACGUAAGACAUGGCAGCCACAAAAUUUGUCAUCCAUAGCUGCGUAUUGCGGCGCGUCUAUCAUUCAUUUUUAGCAUUACAAGUUUCCAGACCCAGACAUUUUUGCAUUUGAUAACGAGUCUUUGAUGCCGAUUUUGUCGCGAGAACUGAAGGAGAACUACAAAAAAUCGCACGAUCUGUCCACCGCGAUUUGCUGCAUCUUCCUGUGUACGCAUUGCAAAAGUACCGUACUGGUAGUUGUGAUUGCAAUACAAAUUCGCUCAGCAUGACAAAUGGAAUUUGUCAUGCUGAUUGGCCUUGGGAGCCGGGUUUGUAAUGCAUAAAUGCAAUUACUACGAGUGCGAUACUUUUGCAGUUCAUACUGUGCUUCUCCGCGUUUCCGGUGUUUCACCAAGUGCUCGGGAACUUACCCUGUGCAAAAGUAUCGUACUCGUAGUAAUUGCAAUCAUGCAUUACAAAUCUUGUUCCCAAGGCAAAUCUCCAUUACAAAUUUUAUUUCUCAUGCUGAGGAAAUUUGUAAUGCAUUUAUACGAGUAGUGCGAUACUUUUGGAAUCCAUAGAACUUCCAAUGCGGGGACUCGAGUCUCAGGAUAUUGGAGUACGAAUCGAAAAGAUACGCAAUCCGGACGCAUAUGCAUUGCAAAAGUAUCGUACUCGUAUAUAUAAAUGCAUGACAAAUUCCCUCAGCAUGAGAAAUAAAAUUUGUAAUGGGGAUUUACCUAUAGCAAAAAGAUUUGUAAUGCAUGAUAGCAAUACGAUACGAGUACGAUACUUUUGCAAAGGACAACGCAGGAGCGGGAACAAUACAUCCUGCCGUUUUUGAACACCGGCCAAAAUGUUCCACCCGGUGGAGUAGACCACCAGUAUGGGAGUGUCAGGAUCGAAAUCCUCAAAGUUGAAAUAGUCUGCAAAUGCAACAAAGCGAUACCAGCUGGAGCCCAGUUUGCAAGUGGCGCAUGACAAAUUUUGGCAGCAUAGAAAUCCAAUUUGUCGUGCUGUUUGAGCAGAGAGGACUGCUUUUGUCAUGCUAUUUUGGCAGCUCUAUCUCACACCCCAAACAGGCUUAUAAUCGGCCUCAGUUGCCUGUUCUGCAAGACAGGCACUUUGCGUCUAGCAUUUUAUGCAUCGCAAACUAUUUCAACUUCGACGAUUUCAAUCCUGACACUCCCACAACCAGCAGCAAGAUGCUAGCACUUCUUUCUCGCAGCAAAAAGUGAAAGCGGAAAAGGAAGAGAAGAAAUACCAGGUACAAGUAUUGAAACAGAACAAACUCCUCCACACUGCGCUGCACAUCUUGCUGAAUUUAGCAUAUCGUUCGGAAAAAGUGUUUCACUGUGAGGAUUUUGCAAGUUUUGCAUCACAAAUUUGCUCUACAUCACAGCGAAAAUUUGCCAUGCGAGAUUCCUAAGGGAUGAAAGCAAAGCUAAAGAUCCUUCGUCUUGCAUAUGUGGCAAGACAAACACUUUUCAGAUACAUUUUCUGCAUUACAGUGAAAUAACAGUUUUUUCUUGCGAUAUAGCAGAGGAUAUUUUCAUCGAGAAGAAGAUGGUGAAUCGGGGACUCGUGAAAAUGUUGUGUGCCUUGUUAGACCGAAACAUGGAAGAGCUGCUCUACGUCGCCCUGCUGUUUUUGUAUUCUGUGCAAAAGUAUCGUACUCGUAUUGCAAUCAAUGCAUUACAAAUUUUUUUCCUAAAGUAAAUCCGCAUGACAAAUUUUAUUUCUCAUGCUGAGGAAAUGCAUCUAUACGAGUACGAUACUUUUGCACAGGAUAUUUUGAAGAAGUUGACAAUUUUUGAAGAAAACAAGGAAGUCAUGGCAGAAACGAGGAUCGUGCCCAGGCUGGUAUGAUAAAAGUCAAAAAAGUUGCUGCUUGAAUCUAAAUCAUGCGCCGGCACGCAAAAAGUCAAAGCGUGCGGAUAUUAGCGCAUCGGAGGGUAAACGCUGAUCAUGAACAAGGCCCGUUAAUAUUCUAUUGCUGAAAUAACUCCGAUUCAGAUUCCCAUUCCUUUCCAUUGUGACAAAGUAUAUAUAUUAUAGGCCGCCAACAUCAACACAAAAACAGGUGCAACUCGCCCAACAUCAGUCUGCUUUUAUCGCUAUCAAGUGCAAAAAUGUCUGGGUCUGGAAGAUUUCUAGAUUUGUCAUGCAUAUUUUCCACGGGCCAUGAUGUCUGUGAUGCAUGCCGUAGCGUCGCAGAUUUUUAGAGGGCUUUGUGAUGCCUCUACCGCAUGAGAAAUGCCCUCUCCGCGUAGGAAAAACCCGCCCCCUCUUGCUGGUCAUGCAAUGCAAAUUUUUUUAGAAUCCACAGACAGCAUCACAAGUUGUGACCUUCCAAACCCAGACACGUUUGCGGUUGAUAAUCGCGUUGCUCUCGCUGAAAGUGCUUUUCAACCUGAGUUUUGAGGAUAGUGUCCGGUCCGCCCUGGCGGAGUCCGGGGAACUUUUUCAGCAGUUGGUGGAUUUGCUGAAGCACCCGCCCUUCCGACAAAUUGUCCUGAAACUCCUCUACCAGUUCACCAAAGACGACCGGUGCAAAUCGCUGCUGACCUACCACCAAGACUGCAUGCUGAUGCUGUAUGAAUUGCAAAAGCAUCGCAACAAAAAAAAAAAAUUGCAUUACACAUUUGCCCAGCAUGAGGAGUGAAAUUUGUGAUGCGGAUUCAGCUUAAGGGAGGAGCUUGUAAUGCACAAAUGCUAUUACAACUACGAGAAGUUCGACACUUUUGCAAUGCAUAUGCUGCUGCAACUCACCAUUCACUUUCCGGACCCAAACCGCGUGGGCAAGGACCUGAUCUGCCUGCUGGUGAACUUGUCUUUGCACAGUAGAUAUCGACUGCAAAUAUGUCUGGGUCUGUGAGAGUGCAAGCUUGUCAUGCUUGUCUGGCAUGACUCUUGACUCUGUGUUGCGCGGCCACAAACAGGAGCUCCUCUUGCCUGUCAUGCAAAAGCGCACUUUCUUGCGCGGAAUACGCAACGCAGCGCGACGAAAAAACCUGUCAUGCUUCGCGGUGCAUUACAGAGAGCUUCGUAUUCACUGGCCUGCAUCACAGGUUUCCAGACCCAGACAAAUUUGCAAUGCACAGUAGAGCGGCGGAGCUCAUGGUUGUGUGCCAGCUCCACCGCAACAACGGGCAGGUCGAUUUUCUCUUUCCGCAGCUCAUCCUACGCUUGCUGAAAACGCGCGACCCCAUGCUGUGCAAGGUAAUACGCUACGUGUGCUCGCACCAGAAGGUCAGGGAAUUGGUACAGCGAUUGCUGUGCAGUGAUCAGGUAUAAUACAUAAGGUAAAUAUACACUGAUUCUUGAAGAAGGCGAUUUCUUUUGUCAACAUGCUGCAUUCAUUGUUCGGACGUGAUCAUCAGAUAGUUCGUUGCAUCAACCUGCUAAGUUUAACAACAUCCUCGCAAGUUCAUCUCCAGGUCCGCAUGUCUCGGUGGCUGCACGAGAUAAUGAAACUCGCACAACUGGUAUCCACAGCAAAUUUCCUGUGCACGUACAAAUGUUGUCUCUGCAUGACAAAACUUGCCUUCAAUCUUUAGUCAGCAUGACAAGUUUGACACUCAAAGUUAGCGAAGUUUGUGAUGCAUUUUGUACAUGUACGGGAAAUUUGUAUUGCACAACUGGAAGACCCGGAUCUCUUGCUCGAGGUCGUCGGCUUACUUGCGAAUUUGGACCUGCCCAACAAUGACCCGUCGAUCCCGCCGGUGCCCUGGGCGGAACUGAUCUCGCCCGACUACGGGUUGGUGGACGUGCUACACAGACUCCUCGUCGUGGGGUUCUCGGAGGACGACCUCGUGCUCGAGUCCGUAUUGGUAGUCCAACUGAUUGCGCAAAACGAGGAAGCGUCGCAGCUGUUAUAUGAACUGCAAAAGUAUCGUACUCGUAUUGCAAUCAUGCAUUACAAAUUUGUUUCUCAAGUCAAACCCGCAUUACAAAUUUUAUUUUUCAUGCUGAGGAAAUUUGUAAUGCAUUUAUACGAGUGCGAUAGCGAUACUUUUGCAGUUCAUAUGUUAGCGCUGGAGCCGUAUGCAUUGCAAAAGUAUCGUACUCGUAUAAAUGCAUUACAAAUUUCCUCCGCGUGAGAAAUAAAAUUUGUAAUGCAGAUUUGCCUUGGAAACAAGAUUUGUAAUGCAAGACUUGCAUUUAUACGAGUACGAUACUUUUGCACAGGAUAAGCCGAAAUUGCUGUCGACGUUGAUCGAAUUGCUGGUAGAGAAGCAGGAAGACGACGAUAUUAUCGCAAGAAAAAACUGUUUCGCUGUAAACUUGUAAUGCAGAAAAUGUAUCUGAGAAGCAUUUGCCUUGCCACACAUGCAAGACAAUGGAUUUGUAGCUGUGUUUUCCCCUAGGAAUUCCGCAUGGCAAAUUUUCUCUGUCAUGCGGAACAAACUUGUGAUGCAAAAGUUGCAAAAUCCUUACAGUGAAACACUUUUUUCGUGCGAUAGGUAUCAUCCUCCAUUUACUGUUCGCCUUCGAAUGCAUGUCGUUGCAGGACGAGAUUCGAGAGUUUCUGCUAGAGGAGGACCACUAUGCAUUGCAAAAGUAUGAUCUUCGUACUCGUAUGUAUAGAUGGCAGUCUUGCAUUACAGAUACAGAUCUGGAGGUAUUUUACCUGAAUCAGCAUGACAGAGCCCGAUUCUCCUUCUGGAAAAAUUUGUCAUGCGAUUUAGACGAGUGCGAUACCGAUACUUUCGCAAAAAUGCAUAGCCAGCAGCUCAUUCCCUACGUCAUUGACGCGCUGAACCACAAGUCUCUUGCCGUGAAGAACCAAGCGCGGAAAACGCUCGACACGCUGUCGCUAAUCUCUUCUUCCAACGCGUCCACCAGCCCCUUGUGGCAGACCACUUGGCAGGAGCGGAUCAAGGGCCUGAAGUUCGAGUCGCACAAUAACCAGUGGGUUUUGGAGAUUUCCAUGCUGAAUCACGAGACGAGCAUCAUUGGAAUUGGGGAAGACGAGGACUACGAGAACAAUGUUGACGGGCUGCAUAAUCGAUUCGGUAACAUGAACGGACAUACGUUCAACAACCAAUUCGGAAGCAAUUCCAAUAGUCCGAGUUCCCAAAUAACCGGGGAGGCGUGGGAGGUAGAGAACUCUCUGGGGAUGAAUAUCGUAUCUAAAAACAUCCCCACCCCAUAGUUGUAGUGCAAAUCUGCAUGCUGAGAAUGUUUCUCAUGCGCAGCCCCAUGGCAAGCAUCUUUUAUUCGCGUAGUUUUGAAACUUGUCAUGCUCCAAUCAGCCUGGUAUACUGGAUCUGUGAUGCUGCUGAACUAAGUACCUCAAACAGCACUACACUACGAGUCCACGUUGCACAUUUGUCAUGCAAAACAUGCAAAACUUGUGGAUUUGUCUAGCCGAAUCCUCAUCUUGACUAUGGGGUGGGGACGUUUUUACAUUGGAUAAUGAAUGCAGGCGGAGCAGGCGGGGGGUACUUUAACCAGAUGAAUCUCGAGUGGGACAUUCAAAAUGGCCUCAUGGAGCGGGAGUGGAGCUGAUCGGGACAUUCAGAACGGCCUCAUGGAGCGGGAGUGGAGCUGAUUGGGACAUUCAGAAUGGCCUCAUGGAGCGGGAGUGGAGCUGAUGGCAGUCUACUUGGGUGCUGCAGUAAGUAUGUACUGUAAUCAACAGCCCCAGCAGUAGGAGUUUGCGAUUUUUCCGUAACCGUUAGCGUAACAUCCAACAAGAACAGAAUCACUUUUUCAUUUUAAGUACCUACUUUCACCUUGAAGUUGAGCUGUAAUUUUGUUUCAAGUAGAAAUCGAAUCGAAAAUCGAACCGUAGCUGGAAAAACCACCUUGAAAAUACGUGAAGACAAUUAUCGUGCAAAGAAAAGAACUAUCAUGUAUGUAAUGCGAACUGGAACUUCUUUCAGUGGCUUGCAAGCCGUCCAAAAGACCGAAAAACUCCAUGACGCGCCCUAGGGGCGAGCAGUAGACGUUGAGGACCUUCUUUUUUUUUCAUGAAGUAUGUUGGGGAGAACUGCUUAAUACCGG